GGUGGACAACUGUUUCUAUUGCAAACAGCUGUUUUCCAAUGCAUUGAUAACAAUUUAGCUCGAAAAUGCAGCGAACACCUCAACUGCGGCAGUUAAUGGGAUUUGCCAACCGGCAACUAUCGAGGAGCUGGGAGUUUCACAGCAGACACUUCGCGCAGCAGCAGCAGACUUUGCAGCAAAGCAGAUGGAGAAAAGCGCCCAUUUUGAGGAUGGGUUUUCUGCUGGCCGGAGCUGGUGUCAUCGCCUACGAUGGAGUGGUCAACGAGUUCACCUACUGCGGCUCCUCGGUCCGAUUUGUGCGCUCGCUGAAAACGGCCGCACUGAUUGCCAUCGACUAUCUGGGACUGAACGAGCUGGAUCCGGAGUAUGAGAGGAAGAUAAAAGCGUUGCACAAAAGUAGCGCUGAACGUUUGCUGGAUACGUGCCUGCUUAAUGGUGGCCUGUACAUUAAGGUGGGUCAGGGAUUCGCGGCCGUCAACCAUAUAUUGCCCAUUGAGUACACGAGCACAUUGGCCAAGCUGCAGGAUGAAUGUUUACCGACGUCAAAGGCCGAUGUACAGAAAGUGUUUCGAUCCGAUUUUGGCCAGUUACCCGAGGAAAUCUACAAGGAGUUCGAUUAUAAGCCGGUGGCAGCUGCCAGCCUGGCGCAGGUCUUCAAGGCGCGGCUGCCGAGUGGGGAGCAGGUGGCCGUUAAAGUGCAGUACAACGAUUUGCAGAAACGUUUUAUUAGCGACAUGGCCACCAUUAUCUUUCUGCAGGACAUCAUUGAGCUCAUCUUUAAGGACUACAAUUUCGGCUGGAUCUUAAACGAUCUGCGCAAGAAUCUGGUACAUGAGCUCGACUUCUGGCAUGAGGGCCAAAAUGCUGAACGCUGCGCCAAGGAUCUGCAAAAGCUGAACUAUGUACUUGUGCCGAAGAUCUAUUGGCCCCAUACCAAGACGCGAGUGCUGACCAUGGAAUGGAUGGAUGGUCUGAAGAUCAGCAAUGUGGAGGGCAUUAAGCGGCAGAAACUGAGCAUAGCUGACAUUGACCUGAAGCUAUACAAUAUGUUUGCCGAACAGAUCUUUAAGACUGGAUUUGUGCAUGCGGAUCCGCAUCCCGGCAACAUAUUCGUGCGUAAGAAUGCUAGAAAUGGCAAGGCGGACAUCAUAUUAUUGGAUCAUGGACUGUACGAGGAGUUGCCGGCGAACGUGCGUAUUCCACUCUGUGAUUUUUGGGUGGCCACCGUGAUGCGCGAUGAGGCAAAGAUGAAGGUUGCCGCCCAACAAAUGAACGUUGUUGACCAUUUGAAAUUUGGCGACGUGCUCUUCCAGCAGCCGGUACAAAUGCACGAAGGACCCAUUCGUAGCAAGCUGACACAAGAGGACAUUGACUAUGUGCAGAAGGUGGCCAGGGAAAACUUUGAUAUCAUAAUGAGCACCCUAAAGGAAAUGCCGCGCAGCUUGCUAUUUGUCGUUCGCAAUCUGAAUACUGUCCGCGCCAUUGGCAACAUGCACGGCGAUGUGGUCGACAGGCCGUGCGCGAUGGCUCGCCAUGCUCAGCAUUGUCUUUACGUGCAGCGUGGUGGAUCGCCGUUGGAAUAUUUAAAAUGGUUACAGCGACGCUUCUACUUUGAGUACUGCCUGUGGUCGAAGGCAUUCAGAGAGCGCCUGCUUAACUGGUAUUUAAAUUUUCUGUAUAUUGUGGGACGUGCACCGCCAUCGGCCAGGACACUUAUGCGAGACAUUAGGAAACAGGAUCAGCAAAUGUUGACAUAAUAAUAAGAUGCAUGCAAAACAGUUUUAUAUUUUUCUAAAUCGAUUGUUAAUAGGUCAAUAACUAAUUUUACUGUCAGCCGACAAUAUCUAUUCCAAUUUAUUAGCGUAAUAAAUGCCAUUUGAAGCUUCCAAUGUAA